GGUACCAAAUCCAAGAUGGUCGUUCGUCAGUGCGGUGCGUAGUGCGGGUAAUUAACAAAACUCCAAAUGGAAUCAGUAAUAACAGAAAACUGACCUACAGACCUAUUUACUAAUAGUAAAAAACUGAAAAGUCCCGGUAUCUGGCAAAGACCACAACGAUGAAGCUGUUUCAGGUCUGUGCAACCUGUCAACUGUUCCUCUAGUGCCAGGGCUGAGAAGUACCUCUGGUCCCUGCUCAGAAUGGACAGCUUCUUUAAGGCCGCAGUGUGUGACCUGGAUAAGCUGCUGGAUGAUUUUGAACAGAAUACAGAGGAACUUGAUUGCAAAUCUGCACAGUCCACGGUUCCUCCCUCCCUCUACCCUGUCGUCUCACUGAGUCCUCCGUGCUUCGCCCCAGAACCUUGCACGGCCCCUGAAGUUCUUCCCGACGUCAGCAACCUUCACUACAAUUCCUCACUGCAGUACCCUGAUCCUCCCCCAAGCUACAGCCUUUACCAGAAUGACCAUGAUGUCAAAAGGAAGCCUUUAACCGGUGUGGACCUGCUCUCCUCUGUGGACAGUAGGGCAGCGAAAAGCACACCGCCGCCAUGUCCCGACAGGGCCCUGAAGCCUGUAUGCGACUUGGUAAGUGACACUGGGUCUGCUGUGCUCCUGCGGGCCAACAGCCAUGAUGCCUUCAAGGAGCUGGAUAUUAUUGAGAAGCAGCUGGAGGAGGACCUGCUGGUAGACCUAGACUCUCCCAUAGUGUCCCCUCCUGGAGGCACGUUGCAGGCUGGGUAUGCUGGAACUCUUGGGAGCGACUUCCUUCCUGGAGGGGGAUACUUGGGGCAGGAGGCCAGCGACCAUUUGGCAACAGAAGUGCGUUCAACUUCCCUUAGUCUUUUGGAUAUUAUUUUGCCAGCGGCUGCAGAGGCUUCCUGUGAGCCUCAAGGCGUUGCUUUGCCAAGCCUAAGUGACUCUGUGAGUCUGGAGUAUACAGGCACAGAGAAAGAGAUUAUUGAAAAUGACCAGAACCCUGCAAGCACAGAACACUUUGAGGAGGAUGCUGAGGUUCCGUGUGUUGCGGAUGGAGAGGUGGAUGCUAAUGUGGUUACUGAUAGUGGUGGGGGUGGUGGGGAGGAGACGGACACUCUAAGCCCCACUUCUGGCUUUACGGAGAGAGGGGAGACUAGAAACUGCAAUGUGGACGAGCCAGAGGUGCAGACAGAGACGGAGAGAAGAGGACAGUUGGACAGCAUGAACACAGGGGCCUGCUCACCUCCUCAGGGUAAUGACAGCGUUGCCUUUUGUCCCGUGGAAGAGAGGGAGUCCUCCCUCUCCUGCAUCCCCAUGGCUGUGUCCAUGUGCGGAUCUCUUGUAUCUUCCCUGGACUCUGUGGAGAGGAUGAGACCAGGGGUCGAGGAAGAGGCUGAGGUCGUGUCCUCUGCCACACAAGUGACUGAAGCCUCCACCAUCCCAGAGGAUCUGCAGGACGCCCCUCCAUUAACCAAAACCACAGACCGUGCAGAUUGUGCCAGCCCUGAUACCACUUCAGCUAAUGACACUGAUCAUUCGGAACACCGAGACGUGAUGCCGCCUUCCUAUGACGUUGCGACUCGGGCCUGUUCUGAGGCAUUUGAAGCUUGCUCAUCUCCGGAGGAAGACUCUGGGAGCCUUGCAGAGGCAGUUCAGUCCCCCUCCACGUGUGUGAGCCCAGGAACCCCCCCAGAGUUUGUCUUUGUGGAUGACUUCCUCCCAAAAAGUGAGCAAGGCGGAGUGCUUGUGACAGACGAGGAUCUGGAUGCCUUUUUGAUGGAGCAGGAACCUGUGGGGAUGCCCUCAGAGAAAUUGGCAGACGAGGGGUUUUCGGAAAUGAAUGGAGAUGUGGAGGGACAUCACAUAGCCUUCCACGAUGGGUUAGCAGAGGGAGAAUUUGAGGAUUAUGUCAGGGGAAAAGGCGAUGGGCUUGCCUCACCAGAAAGCGACGGAAUGCCUAUUUCAGCGGACGAUAGUAACGGCUCCAACCUUUCCACUCCAUCUCAGGACAGCAACCCCUGUGGGACAGACGUGAGUCCCACGGUUUGUCAAGAGGAGUCUUCUGACGCUGCCGCUGUCCAAUCCGUUCUCAGUCCGAACCAGCAUCCUUAUUUUGGAGGUGCUAGACCCAAACAGCUGUAUGGCCAAGCUUUUAGAACCUUGCCAGUUGCAGAGAGUGAGGACCACGGAAGGAGUGAGAUGUCUGAUUCACCACAUGCUGGAGACACGGUGGUGAACAGCAUUCACGCCCCUUCCAUUCUUGCUGUAGGAGAGGCCCCCAGCCGAUGUGUGGCUGGCACCGGCUAUCCUUAUCCAGAUGGUUAUGAGAACAGCGUUGGGUUCGGAAGGAUGUCGGAGCCUCCUCCUUACCCGGGGGAGACUGGGACGGAGGGGGCUGAGUGCCCUGAAGAUCGAUUGGAGAAGGAGGAGGAUGGUCUGGGUUCGAGGCAGCCCCCCUGGGUGCCUGACUCUGAGGCUCCUAACUGCAUGAACUGCCUUCAGAAGUUUACCUUCACCAAGAGGCGGCACCACUGCCGGGCAUGUGGCAAAGUAUACUGCGCUGUUUGCUGCAACAAGAGAUGCAGACUGAAGUACCUGGACAAGGAGGCCAGAGUGUGCGUCAUUUGCUACGACACUAUUCACCGUGCCCAGGCCCUGGAGAGGAUGAUGAGCCCGACGGGGCCCAGCCCAAACCCCAACAUCCCGUCUGAGUACUGCUCCACCAUCCCGCCCCUGCAGCAGGCCCGCGCCGCCGGCACCCUCAACUCGCCCCCGCCCACCGUCAUGGUGCCCGUGUCCGUCCUCAAGCAGCCCGGCAACGAGGGCGAUGCGUUGUCCCCUUCCCUCGUCGCAGUGGGGGGUUUCCCACGGGAGCAGAAGAGGGUGUGGUUCGCCGACGGCAUUCUGCCCAACGGCGAAGUGGCGGACACCAGCAAGCUGUCCGUGGGGGGCAGGAGAGCCUCGCAGGAGUCCAGCCCGGUCACGCCCGACCCCCCCGUGGAUAAAGGGGCGGGGCCGCCGGAGGACUCUGCGGAGACGGAGGGAGCCCAGGGACCGGACGACGGGCUGGACGUGUCCGCAGCGCCUCCCGAAGGCCCGGAGGAGGAGGUGGAGCGCCCGGCCGUCAGCGGACCCUGGGACUACAGCCUGCUGUGCGGCGUGAGCGCGCAGGUGGAGCGGUGCCCGACCCUCAUCCCCGAGGAUGACGAGGGCCUGCCGCCUCUGCUCAUCUGCACUGGAGAGGAAGAUGGCGGAGAUCUGUUGGUGGAAGAGCGUCCUGCGCCCAGCCAGAUCCUGCUCCUCCUAGAGGAAGGGGGGCCGCGACCUUUGACCUUCGUCCUCAACGCCAACCUGCUGGUCAACGUCAAGCUGGUUACCUGUUCGGAGAAGAAGUGCUGGUGCUUCAGCUCCAACGGGCUGCAGGGGCUGGGCCAGAAGGAGCUGCUGUUCGUCGUGCAGUGCCUCCCGGAGGAGAGCAGCGUGCCCAGGGACAUCUUCAGCCUGUACGUCAGCAUCUACCAGGACGCACAGAAAGGCCAGUUCAUAGAGGACCUGGGCAACGUGACGUUCACAGAGGGCUUCCUGGGCAGCAAGGACCACGGCGGCUUCCUGUUCUUCAGCCCCACCUUCCAGCCCGUGGAGGGCCUGGCGCUGCCCCAGGCCCCGUACCUGUGCGGGGUGCUGAUGCUGAAGCUGGAGGUGCCCUGGGCCCAGGUCUUCCCCCUGAGGCUGCUCCUGCGACUGGGGGCCGAGCACAGCGUGUACCCCUGCACCCUGCUGAGUGUGCGGUACCGCAAGGCCGUGUUCGGGGAGACUGGGCACACCAUCAUGAACCUCCUGGCUGACCUGAGGAACUACCAGUACAGCCUGCCGGUGGUGGAGGGCCUGCGCAUCCACAUGGAGAUGGGCAACAGCUACAUCCAGAUCCCCAGGACCAGGUUCCAGGAGAUGCUGAAGGUGGUGAAUUCCUCCAACGAGCACGUGAUCAGCAUGGGCGCCAACUUCAGCACGGAGGCCGACUCCCACCUGGUCUGCUUCCAGAACGAGGACGGGAACUACCAAACCCAAGCCAACAGCAUGCUGGGAAAGACCAGGCAAGUGACCGGGGCCAGCUUCGUGGUGUUCAACGGCGCUCUGAAGGCCUCCUCGGGGUUCAUCGCCAAGUCCAGCAUUGUGGAAGACGGGCUGAUGGUGCAGAUCCCUCCGGACACCAUGGAGGCGCUGAGGCAGGCGCUGCGGGACCAGGCCGACUUCCCCAUCCCGUGCGGCCGGGCCGACUCGGGGGAGGUGCGCGAGACCGUCCACCUGCGCUGGGUGGACUGGACCCCGCCCGUCAACGCCGGUGUGUCUAGUCCGGUGGAUGGGAAGUCUCUUGAAGGAUCGCAGAGCGUCCGUAUUCAGCAAGAUGGAGAGUUUGAGCUGGAUGGAAAGACCAUCAGGUGCACAGAGGUGUUCUACCUGCCCAAGACGCCCGACUGCUCGCUGGCGCCCUUCCUGCCGUCCCGCAGCUCCUUCCCGCGGGAGAUCGCCAUGGCGAGCUGCGCCGCCCUCUGCCCUCACCUCGGCGUCCUGAAGGCCAGCGGCAGGAACCGCCUCGGCCUCCGCGUCUCCACGGAUACCGACAUGGUGGAGUACCAGGCUGGCUCUGGGGGGCAGCUCCUGCCCCAGCGCUACAUGAACGAGCUGGACGGCGCCCUGAUCCCCGUCAUCCAUGGGGGCAGCUCCAGCGUCCCCCAGCAGCCAAUGGACAUGGAGUUCCUCUUCUACAUCACCGAGAACACCAGCUGAGCCCUGCCCCCAAGGGGGAGGGGACUCAUGAAGCCCCUGUCGCAGGCACAGCAAGGUUCAAACGCCAUUCCACUCUGGAGCUCGCGGGAACGGGGAAGUGCAGGCUCUGGCUUUAGGACGGGAGUGGCGAAGCCGACGGCGUCCAUUUUGUGUCCUUUGGGAUGUGCUGCGCUCUGGAGCCCUCAGGUUUCUGAGAACAGAUGGAAUCAGUAGGGGGUGCUGUUGAGCUAUUGCUGGCCUCACCGGGGGGGAGAAAUUACUGGAGUUAUGACAGAUUGUGAGAACACCAUCCCAGGCGCAUAUAUUAGUAUGGGUGUGGCAAUUAAUUUUAUUUUUUUCAUUGUCCAAAACUGAUUUGCUGUUGAAAGCAAUAGUUCAGAGGUUGUAGUUUUAAGGAGUAAGUGACAUGGGUACCAUUUAAUAACACUGCCCUCAAGGUCCACAUGCCGCAUCCACUCCUGAAGUGUAAUUAGGGAUGUGCAUUAUAAAUAUUAUCAUUUGAAAGUAUUGUUUCAUAUUGUGGCAGUUUUAAGGUACCUUUGUGUAUGCCUAUAAAUUAUAGAUUAUUAUAGAGUCAAUUCUUUCUUUGGAUGAAGUACGAUGGUUGUUUUUUUUUUUGUUUUGUUUUUUUCCCUCUUGGUGUGUUAAGUUAGGGGCACUUGGCACACCUGACAAUUAUAUUUUUGUGAUGAUUGUAUAGAAAAUGUAAGCUCACUCAAAAUAUAUCAAGCUCUCCGUAAUGAGCUUAAGCAUAUUUUUGAAUGGUUUUGUGCAUUAAAUAAAAUGAAUAUUUUUGAUAGGACAUUUUUGGAUGUGUAAGUUUAGCCUCUAAAUGAUAUCUUGUACAAAAAGACAGCUUUAGACACCGAUUGUGAUGCAGUACAUGUGGAAACUUUGAUUUUUUUUACCUCUGUUUAUGAGCAUCUGAGACAGCCGUGACCUAAAUUAGGCUAUUUUAUACAUUGAAGCACUAAAUUGAACUGAACCCCAUUUUGAGAGAGUGUGUGUGAGUGUGGGAGAGAUGCCUCUCUCAGAGAAGCUGAAGGUUCCUGAAUUGGUAAUGAGAUUGAAUGACCCAGGGAUGAAUUGUAGCCAUGAUGUAGGAUGCCUGUGGUUGAAUUGGAAGGUUUAAAAAAUGGUUUUGUUAGUGCCACGCGCCCCACCAGUGCUGCUAUGUUUCUGGGCGACUCUUUAAGCUGAGUCCGGUGCUGCUGAUACUGCCACGGCACUCCUGAAGACUGCUCUGCACCUGCCAACCCGUUUAGGAAGGAAUUCGGGGACAUGCUGGGUGCGGGGAAACUGGGGAAAAGUAAAGAGACACUCACCCCUGGUGUUUGCACUUUAAUUUAUUCAGUGCGGGGAUGGAGGAGCAGCUGUCAUGCUGCGUGUUGGCCACCAGAUGGGGGAAGUGAGACCGUGCCAUUGAUGCUUUUCUGUUCUGUAUGUUUCUGCCUGGAGAUGCUCCAGCACACAUUUAGCGCUCAGCCAAUCCUGGGGCUAGUGGCCUUCCUGCGAUGCCUUUCAGCCCGUGAAUAGCCAAAGCUGUAAAACGCGGCUGACUAUAAACCCUAAACUCCAGCACCUCCCUUAAGUGCUCAAUACUUUCUUUUUGAUCACAAAAUACAGUUGGGCUUUAUGGGGUCUGCAGGCUGCGACACAUGCGUUUUUUAACACCGUUGUGUGACACAGUUGCCCCGGUGCCACAACGUUGUACUGCGAUUCCCUGCGGAGUUUGCACUGAGUACGGCUAUUUAAAUCCAAUAUUAUAGUUUUUAAAAUAAAAAAACGUGAACCCCACCCCAAAUGAAUGGCGUGUCUGUUCCCCGCCAGCGGGGGAAGGCUGCUUCUCGUAAUCACUCUGUGUGAAAUUUCCUGUCCAUGUUCCAAUCUAAAAUGCACUACAAAUGAAGAGGUAUGCAUCUCUGCGCACUGCUGCCAGCCUUAUUAACGCUGUGCUUUUGAUCAUUUAAAUGAUGUCCCCAGUGCUGUGUGCUUUAAUGCCUAUGGCGACGAAGCAAUUUCACCUUUGGAGCGAACAUAAUGUCGAUCGAACUACUACAAUAAAAUAUAUGACUUUAAGGAGGUUUUGUGAACAUUUGCAGAGACGGAGGUUUCCAGAGAUCUCCGGGCAAAGGAACAAGAUUGUGUUUAAGUUGGUUAUUUUUCUGACAUUUUUAAACGAGACAAAUGUUCUGCUCCUGUGUGUUUGCUGUGGAACGUCGAGGAGUUAAAUUAUUUUUGUCACUGUUCAAAAUGAAGUUGAUUGAUGUUGAUUAAUGGAGCUUUCAUUAAGGUAAUGACAAAAUAUUUUUAUGCUUUUUAAGGAGCUAUUUAUCUGUACCGUUUUGUGAGUUGUAUAUGUACCUGUAUAUAAUCAUGAAAACCAGCAGAUGCAUUUGAUGAUAUUUACAUCUGGGAGUUGAGGAUCUUUUUCCUUCAUAAAAUAUAAAUUUGUAUAGAUGUAUUGCCUAUAGAAUAAAAUAUUAUUUGUAUGUCA